CAUGCAGCUGGCCGCGCGUUUCUCUCUAUGGUGCGACGUACAGAUCGGCGUUGGGUGGAAGCUGAAACUUGUGAGUGAGAAGAUAGGACAGGGACCUCACUCAGUGCAGACAGUAUAGUCCUCAAUCCGUGGCACAUCCAACGCUACCAGACUCUCCGCUAUUUUUCCCGCGCGUUCAUGAGCGCCCCAUGUCCUUUUCUCCACCACCCACCUUCUCAUCCCUAAAAGUGGCCACGACGCAACGAAGGAAGAGCACCUCCUUCCUGGAUUCUCAGGCUCGCAGUGGCCAGCCACACCUGAGGGCUGUCGGGCCAAGUCCUCUUGCGCCCGGCUUGGACGCCGUGAACCGGAGGUCAGAUGGAAUGAGUGUCCUAGGCAAGCCGUCAGUCAGGUCUUCAGAGACCGGUCACAGGCACCAAAGCUAUGAUGGUGCCAUGUUUGUAGAUGGGAGGCCGGUUACAGCAAGCGAUGCCUCCGCGAGACCGGUGGAGACCGUGUACUUGGCCGGCUUACCUUACAGCACGCAGAGUGACGCUUUCAGCACCGUGGCUGGACCUGGGCAUAUGAAAGAUCCAAUGUUGGUGCAGCUUGGCCCAGUGUUCGACUAUCAAACUGGACAAAGUUACAUCGCUCGCCCAGUCCAGAGCCUGAGACUGGAAAGUGGGUUAAACCAGCCCUCGCCUCUAGGCAGUAUGUCGGCCCCAGUGAUCUCCGACCCCCACAUUAUGCUCCAUCAGGUGUUUGUCCCUCAGUCUGCUCCUCCAGUCCUUACCCAGGGCAGUGAGGGCCACCAAGGUUGCGUGUUUGAGUUCCAUGUUCAUUCAUCCGGACCUGAGGGCGCUGUGUACUUGCCGCACCGCGUCUACCGCGCACGCCGUGGUUCUGCUGAGCUAGAGGAGGCUCCUCACAGUUCAUUGCUGCAGAGUCGUCUUCAGACUGUGACCGAGGAGCAGUGCAACCACCAUGGCCCGGAGGCCGUCUCCCACCGAUGCAACGGAUCAGAUCUCAGCUCCGAGUACUCCAGCGACUCCUCCUCCCAGAGACAUUCCUCAGACCCCGGAGAUUAUCUGUCUCCCCCACCGCCGACCGGCUCGGACAUCUCCGUUAUGUACACGCAGGCAUUGUAUCAGGAGCCACAGGUCUUCUUCUGCUUCCCCCAGCCUGGAGCAGCGCCCUUCUCUGCGCAGCCAGCGGUAUAUAACCAACAGGUUGUUAGAUGGGAAUUUAUCUCUUACAUGUAGACCCUUCUGACCUAGUUCCUGCGGGAACAGACCGUGGACACUGCCGUGCUAUUAUGGAUAAGACGUGCGACACUUCUCCUUUAUUCCGCUGGAAAAGCGGAUUUUAGUUACUGUGAUAACGGUUUGGCUCGCUUGUAUGGUAAACCUAGAAUAGCAAUACUGAGUCCUCUGCAUUUAUCGCUAUUUCUUUUUCAUCCACUAGGGGUCACUGGAGUACUCUUGGGAUAUGGACGGUUUCCGUAGGAACAGGGCACUGAAUAUUUAAAUUUAGAACACUCCACCCCUCCAUAUCCCCGAGUACCUCAGUGUUUUUUCUGUGCUCGAAGCAGCAACAGGUCGUUUGUGGCUGGGUCCACAAUUCUUUUGAAUAAUUUUUGUUUUAAGCUUUUAAUUUUUUUUUUUCACAUCCCUUUCCCCCUUCCAAAAGGCAGGGUCAGGGAUAGUGCAAGCUGCUGAUAGCAGCAGUGGCGUGUCGGUCCUCACUGAAUGAGCUCCCUCACAGCCACACACAGAUCCUCCUGCUCAGGCUGGCCGGCGCUUGUACAGAAGCCCCGUCGGAGCCUCAUCACAAGCUGCAGGAGUGAAGGUAUGUGUACGGGGCGGUCAGCUCCCGCGGCCGCCCCGAGGUGUGGGGACAUUGUUACUGCGCCGGGAUCCCUCUGCAGACGCCUGCCGCCGGCUCCGGCCGCCUCCGCUGCUCCGGCCGCUCACGCUGCUCCGGCCGCUCACGCUGCACCGGCCCCCACCGCUGUACUUCCGGCCCGGCUCAUGCUGCUCACAGCGCACGAUACCCGGCUCCCGCUGCUCACAGCGCACGAUACCCGGCUCCCGCUGCUCACAGCGCUUCACGAUCCCCGAUCUCUGACACUGGGGAGAGGAUGUGGCCCCACACGC